AAUCCACCACCCGGUGUUCAGAUCGCAAACACAAGAACGUGUAUAUAUACACAAUAUAUAUACGUUUCCGUGUAUCUAUCAUACACACGAUGUCUAUCAAUCCGUAUGUGACAAUCUUCCUCCUCCUCGCCGCUACCUCAAGCCAAGCGUUGAGUAUUUCUCUAGCUGACCCCUGCACGGUGUCGGAUUUUCCUGCAUUGUGCAGAAGUACCAUUAAGGGUCAAACUAAUGUGAAUGCAGCGACGGAUGUGGCCAUAAAAGAGUUGAUGAAGCGGACGAGGCAAGCCAAGAAAAUCGCGGAGAAAGAGCUGAAACGCGAUGGAGGAGUCGCGACUUGUUUGUCCAACUUCAAUAGCGCGUUUGAUAAUUUGGAAAAGGCUCUUACAAACAUUAAGGAAAAUGAUGGUUUUAGCCUUAACAUUAACCUUAGCGCCGCCUUGACGGAUUACGAUACUUGCAGCGACUCGAUGAAGGAAACUAAGGAGGUCAACGUCAUUUAUAAAUCCGCCGGGGUUUUGUACCGUAUGGCUGAUAAUUGCUUGGCGCUUUCAACUCUCGUUAAACAUUGAUUUUAAGGAGACUUGGAGAUUUGGAAGAGAAAUUAAAAAUGUUUUUAUGGGUUUAUUUAUUUGUAAUUUUAUUUCUUUAAUUUGUUGAUUCAGUUCGCUUUAAAAAAAAUGAAAAACAAACAAGAAAAAAAGAGAGAGGAGGAUGAUCAUGUGUGUAUGUAGAUGGAAAAAUGUUUGGACACCGGGUAUCUAAUUUCAAACAUGCAUGUUCAAUUCUGUUCCAUGUCCUAAGUGUUUUAAUUCGUAAUGUUAUAUUAGUUAGAUAUAGUGAUCUACUUCUCUUUUUCACUCUUAUAUUUGAGGUUCUAAUUAAAUCUGUAGGUUUAUUUAGAGAGAAUUAAGCAUUCAACCUCAACCAUUGCAUGCAAAACAAAAGUCUCCAAUUAAUAGGUUUUCUUUAUUUGGAGGAGGGAGCUCGUAUCUAAAUUCAGAUUCAAUGAUGCGAGAUUGCGAGUAAACCUUUUGUCAUUUUGAAAGACAAUUACUAGUUCUUUAAUUUGUUUUUUUUUUUGGGUUUAAAGGAGUUGUCCAUAUAUGAGUUGAAGAAGAUUUUGUUUCCCCUUUGUAACACUACCAAAAAAUAAAUGAUAGAUAUUGCGUGUUAAGUGUGUAUGUGUAAUAUUACCUAUCUGUAACAUUUUCAUGGUUACAUCAUUAAUGGACAACUCACAAUAGG